AUGUCCCUCCGGUUCUCUGGUGGAUCCAGGCACCUUUGCUUACCAUCUGGAUCCGUCAGACCUCCCAGCGGAGGCGCAGGCUUUGCUGGCAGCAGCGCGGGUGGCAAUUCUGUUGCUGGAAGUGGAUUUUCCUGGGCCUUGGGAGGGGCACUGGUCAGUGCUCCUGGCGGGGGCCAUGCUGAUGGUACCCUGGGAAAUGCUGCUGGUGUUGGCUUUGCUGGGAGUGAAGGGAGUCUCCUCUCUGGGAAUGAGAAAGUCACCAUGCAAAAUCUUAACAACCGCUUGGCAUCUUACCUGGAUAACGUGAAAGCUCUGGAGGAGGCAAAUGCUGAAUUAGAGAGAAAAAUCAAGAGCUGGUAUGAGAAAUAUGGGCCAGGAUCUUGCCGUGGACUUGAUCAUGACUACAGCAGAUACCACCUAACCAUCGAGGAUCUUAAGAGUAAGAUUAUCUCUUCCACAGCUGCUAAUGCCAAUGUAAUUCUGCAAAUUGAUAAUGCCAGACUGGCCGCUGAUGAUUUCCGGCUAAAGAUUCUUGAAAUGAAGGUUUUGCAGUGCUCUGCGGGAGGCAACGUGAACGUGGAGAUGAACGCAGCGCCCGGGGUGGACCUCACCGUCCUGCUCAACAACAUGCGAGGCGAGUACGAAGCCCUGGCUGAGCAGAACCGCAGGGACGCCGAGGCCUGGUUCCAAGAAAAGAGCGCCACGCUGCAGCAGCAAAUCUCCAAUGACGUGGGUGCGGCCACCUCGGCCAGGACGGAGCUGACGGAGCUGAAGCGCACGAUGCAGACACUGGAAAUUGAGCUUCAGUCCCUCUUGGCAACGAAACACUCUCUGGAGUGCUCACUGACAGAGACCGAGGGUAACUACUGCACACAGCUGGCGCAGAUCCAGGCGCAGAUCGAUGCCCUGGAGGAACAGCUGCACCAGGUCAGGACUGAGACAGAGGGCCAGAAGCUGGAGCACGAGCAGCUGUUGGACAUCAAGGCCCACCUGGAGAAGGAAAUUGAGACCUACUGCCGCCUCAUAGAUGGGGAUGGAAAUUCGUGCUCCAAGUCAGGAAGCUCAGGGACUCCAUCGAAAGAUGUAUCCAAAACCACUCUGGUAAAGACAGUGGUUGAAGAGAUAGAUCAACGUGGUAAAGUUCUGUCAUCAAGGAUCCAUUCCAUUGAGGAAAAGACAUCUAAGAUAACCAACAGCAAAACUGAACAGCGGGUUCCCUUCUAGCUGAAGUAUUAUGGAGUAGAAUAAUUUGGAGAAGAAUCCAGUACAACUGCAUUACUCUAAGUCUCGGGGAGAAUAAAAACACUUUCUACUAUUAAAUAUAAGUGAUUUAG